AUGGAGCGUAAUGACAUAGUGUCCCUUAGAUGUAAAUUUUUAAGAGAAAUUUGUACACUGCGCAAAAAUAACGAUCUUCGGCAAAUAGUAUAUCUUGACGAGACAUGGGUCAAUCAAAAUCAUUCACUAAGUGUCGCAUGGCAACAUGACACAAAUAUUGUGGGUCCAAAAAUCCCUACUGGAAAAGGUGGGCGUCUUAUUGUGGUGCACGCAGGGUGUGCUAAGUACGGGUUCAUUCCAAAUGCAAAAUUGGUUUUCCGGAGUAAUACUGGUAAUUCUACGGAUUACCACAGCCAAAUGAAUUCAGAUGUGUUUAAAUCUUGGUUCACCCAAAUGUUGAAUAAUCUUGAAGAACCGUCUGUCGUCAUAAUGGAUAAUGCAUCAUAUCAUUCAACCCUCAUAGACAACUAUCCAAAGAGCAAUACAAAAAAAGCAGAUGUACAGGAUUGGUUGACUAAAAAAAAUAUCAAAUUUUCACCAUUAGAGACACUAGCUGAACUUAAAAUGAGAGUUAAAACUUUAAUACCAACCGAAAAAAAAUAUGAAUUGGAUCAAUUGGCAUUAGAUAUGGGCCAUAAAGUUGUUCGACUUCCUCCAUAUCAUUACCAAUACAAUCCAAUUGAGUUGAUAUGGGCCCAGGUAAAAGGUCAAGUGGCGAAAAACAAUACAACUUUUAAAAUGUGCGAUAUAGAACGAUUGACUCACGAAGCGUUGGAUUCGGUUACCCAACAGGAUUGGGAAAAGUGUGUGAGACAUGCCGAAGAACUGCAAGACAAGGAUAACGAAAAGGAAAUUAUGAGAGAUACUAUGUUAGAGCCAAUCAUUAUGACCUUGUUACCAGAUGACAGCGAUUGGGAUGACAGUGACGAUGAAGAAAAUGUGGAAUAG